AUGACAUCCAACGCACCCGCUGCCUGCUGUACCAUUGGUGUUAAGCAUGAAGGCGAAGCCAAGGGCCGAUUCCAGCAAAUCGCUGAUGUCGAGGUCUAUAUUUCGAGCCCCCAGCGUGCAACUAAGCGUGCCAUCCUAUUGCUAACAGAUGUCAUCGGCCAUCGAUUCAUCAAUGCGCAACUCAUUGCGGACCAGCUGGCGGCAAAUGGCUAUCUGGUUGUCAUGCCCGACCUGUUCCACGGCGAUCCUGUGCUGCUCAAUCGCCCCGCCAGCUUCGACCUGAUGAGCUGGCUGAAAGGUCCUCCGGGUCAUCUCCCCAGCCGUGUGGAACCUGUCGUCCACGCAGUACUGAAGGAAAUGAAGUCCAACAUGGGUUGCGAGCGGGUCGGUGCUGCGAAAUACGCCGUUCGACUGCUCCAGCCAGGUCUCUGCGAUGUUGCCUACGUGGCGCACCCGAGUUUCGUCGAUGCAGAGGAAUUGGCAGCAAUUAAAGGCCCCUUGUCCAUUGCGGCAGCCGAAACCGACUCAAUCUUCCCGGCUUCAAAGCGUCAUGAAUCCGAGGAUAUUCUCAUCAAAGUCGGCCAGCCAUAUCAAAUCAACCUGUUUGGUGGGGUUGAGCAUGGCUUUGCCGUUCGCGCAGACAUCACCAAGCCAACGAUCCGAUUUGCCAAAGAGUCUGCGUUUCUGCAGGCAGUCGCUUGGUUUGGGCAAUACCUCUAA